AUGGUCGCACUUCACAACGAGCGAAGGGAGGUUUUGAUAAGCUGCAAACCUUUACGCCAAAGUGACUGCAUAGGUGACCACCCUACUGCUGCGGAUAAGAGUGGCAAUACAUUGGUAUUAUGUCCCGAGUUUUGGGGGCCACGGCCAGCUGGCUCCACAGACGGAUCUGACUUUCGAGCUGUAGCUUUGUUAAAGGGGAUUCUGCAGCUUUCAUUCGGAAGCGGUUGGAUGCAGAUCUCGCUCGCGAACAAGCCGAAUACGAUGAACUAUGCCGAAAAGUCAAAGGUCGCAUCGCAAGUUAGCGCCAACAUGUUGGAGCUCCAUGUUCCCACCCGCUUCUCAGACGCGGUACCUGCAGUCUCGUAUACGCACGCAAAGCACCCGGGCUUGAAGCACGAAAUCGACGACAUGGGCGGCCUGCACGAGGAUCCACUGGCUGUCGUGGAGGCGGAUGAUGGCCCAGACGAGGAGCCUUUUGUCCUUGAACAGAAGCGGUUCCAGGGCUUCAGCCUCUUCAUGUUCUCCAUUAGAGCCCUGGGGGCCUGGAUCUUCUCGCCCAAGAUCCUCCACAAGGGCAUCUUCAUAACCAGCCGCCCUCUUCGCCCAGUGGUCCUCAUGUCGGCGGUCGACAUUCGAUCGAGGCUCCAGAGGCUGUUCAAGCCCCGGACCGUCUACGCACAGAACAUCCUGGCUUUCAACUUUACGUCGGUGCCUAUGGCCGACGUGUUGAUGGGCCCCCUGAGCCGCUUCGCACGCCAUAUCCGGGAGAGCCUGAUGCUCCAGACCUCGGAGACGCAGAUGUACGCGGGAGUCCAACGCAAUCUGCGGUCCAUCGCGACGAGCGGCAGAGUGCCCCUCUAUGCGGAUUCGGACAGCGUCAUGGUGGUCAUGUCCAACCUCACAAAGCUGAGUUGGCAUGAUGUGUUCAACUUUAAGCCCGCCGUCGUUAAGACGGGAUCCAGCGGUGAGAAGGAUACCACGGGAUUGCCCGUGUGGCAGGUUGCUUGCUCCGAGUCGAAAGACAGCUAUGCCACCUCUCUCAUGCUGAACUGA